UUUAUUUUAUAUUACACCAUUUGGCCGAAAGUGACGAGCGUGGUAAAAGUAAAAUAACUAAAGUCGACUCGAAUGCUAUCUUAUCGUUGUAGAUUAUGUACACAAGUGUUAAAAUUAUAGCGUGUAUCAAUGGCCAGAACAUUGUGUAUCAGCAUCCAAGAGGGAACCGUGAAGUGAAAAUAGAUUUAAGUUACGGAAAAACAGAAGAACGUAUGGAACGCAGUGAAUUACCUCUAAGUUUUCAUAACCUUAUUAAGAGAGAUGAAGAACUGUACAGCUACACAAACUACGGUAUGGACCCACAGACACCUUCAACCCCGGGGGACUGUUUGCAAGGAGUAUUCCAAAAUCUGGAUUCCUUGAACCCUGGAAUUGAUUCCGAUUUUGAUGAAAGUCUUGCUGUUCCUGAAUCUUUGUCUAUUAUUGAUAUUGAGAAGGCCAAAGAAGAGGUUGAUGCUGGCGCUCCAUUAGCAACAUCAGUUCCGUACAAAGCAAUCCAUGACCCUCCAAUUAAGUUUAAUUCAGUGCACAGGAAGGUUUUCAUACCGGGCGUUGAAAUAAAAGUUAGAUUUGUGGAGAAUGAGAGAAGUGUCACAACUCACUUACUUAACCCAAAUUUAUACAAGAUAAAUCUCCAACAUGGGGACUUCACGUGGACUAUCAAGAAGCGUUACAAGCAUAUACUGUAUUUGCAUCAACAGCUGUCUCUGUAUAGAGCGUCGCUCAAGAUACCGUUCCCAAGUAAAACGCAUAAAGUGAGACGAGCCAGUUUCAAGAAUACCAUUGACAGUGAAGAAAAAGCUGAGAUCGUCGCCCUGCAAGCUGUUCCUAGGAGUAAUUCGAGGAGACGGGACGGGAGGCCUAAAAAGAGGAAAGGUGCUUUGCCCCGAUUCCCCCGUAAACCUGAGGUGAUGGUCACAUAUGAAGGUAUCCAGUUGCGUAUGAAGCAGCUCGAGGAAUAUCUUUACAAUCUGCUGAAUAUAUCUAUAUAUAGGAAUCAUUAUGAAACUGUGAAGUUUCUAGAAGUUUCCCAUCUGUCAUUCAUAUCGGAGUUGGGUUGUAAGGGGAAGGAGGGUUUGGUUGAGAAGAGAACCGGUUCAACCAGGCCGGGACAGGCUGGAUGUAACUGUUUCGGACUUCUAGGGAACAUGGUGUGUGUUAGGUGCAACUACUGUUGUACGGGUCUGGUGUGUGCCAAGUGGCAGGAGCGAUGGUUCUUCGUGAAGGACACCUUCUUCGGGUAUAUCAGACCCAGCGACGGCAUCGUUAAAGGUGUCAUGUUGUUUGACCAGGGGUUCGAAGUAUCCUCCGGCAUGUACUCCACUGGUCUGACGAAUGGUCUCCAGAUACUGAACCAGAGCAGGCAGAUGGUCAUCAAGUGUUGGACCAAGAGACGGAGCAAGGAGUGGAUGAGCUACCUCAGGACCGUCGCCAACCAGUCCGCUCGCUGCUUCACGUCUCCUAACGUGCACCACUCGUUCGCUCCGCCCCGCUCGGCCACGCCGGCGGCGUUCCUGGUGGACGGGCGCGAGUACCUGGCGGCGGUGGCGGACGCCAUGGAGCUGGCGCAGCAGGAGAUAUACGUGGCGGACUGGUGGCUCAGCCCCGAACUGCACAUGAAGAGGCCCGCACUGCACGGAGACUACUGGCGACUGGACACGCUGCUCAAGAGGAAGGCGGCUCAAGGCGUGAAGGUGUUCAUAAUGCUGUACAAGGAAGUGGAGAUGGCUCUCGGUAUCAACAGUUUCUACAGUAAAAGUAGAUUAGCUAAUGAAAAUAUUAAGGUGUUCCGUCACCCGGACCAUGCUAAAGCUGGCGUGCUGUUCUGGGCUCAUCACGAAAAGAUAGUGGUCGUGGAUCAAACUGUGGCAUUUUUGGGUGGCAUUGACCUCUGUUACGGGAGAUGGGAUGACCACAAACAUAGACUAACAGAUUUAGGCAACAUCCUACAUCCUAAGUCUGUCAUAAAAACUAAGAAGAAGACAUCGAGCUAUCCGUCCGGCGGAGUGUACGUUGAGUCAGGGUUGGAGCUGGCGAAAACUAGCAGAGAUAUUGUUAUAGGACUACAGAUACCGAUACAAGAAGUGGGAGAAGCGACUGAAGAGGUAACGGAAAAACCAGAGGAAACGGAAGUUCAAAAACCGGAAAUGAAUAUAGAGGACCGGUUACUACAGGUCGGGCUACAGAAUGAAACGAGCGACGGCGAGCAGAAAAAAAAUGUACUGGACAAAAUAACGGACAAGGGGAAAGAUUUUAUAAGUAUCAUAUACCCGCCCUUCGAAGAAGAGAGGAACGAGCAGAAGUUUGACGACUCGGAGAGGAAGAAAGCGGAGAAGUACGCGAGGUCCAACGAGGAGGUGCUGCUGUCUAACGUACUGGGCAUUAGCACCAAGGACAGUGAGCACGCGCCCUUAGCGCAGGUCGUGGAGGGGAGGGUCAUCACUGAGAGCACUCAGAAAGCCUUAGAGGGCAUCGAGGGGAACUCUAAACUGUGGAUUGGAAAGGAUUACGUUAACUUCAUAGUCAAAGACUUUAAUAGUCUGGAUCUGCCGUUCGUUGAUUUAGUGGACCGGAACACGACUCCUCGUAUGCCGUGGCAUGACGUGGGUGUGAUGCUGCAGGGGGCCGCCGCCAGGGACGUGGCUAGACACUUCAUACAGAGGUGGAACGCUAUCAAGCUGGAGAAAGCCAGACAGAAUACAAACUAUCCCUACCUGCUGCCUAAGACCUACAAUGAUAUAGAGCCGUUGAAGGAUUUGGAAAAUGUAUUGAAUGUAGAUCUGACGAGCGCCUCCUGCCAGGUGCUCCGCAGCGCCAGUUCGUGGUCGUGCGGCUUCCUGGAGCCAGACACCGUGGAGCAGAGUAUCCACAACGCCUACGUGGACACCAUCACCAGGGCGCAGCACUACGUCUAUAUAGAGAACCAAUUCUACAUCACGCUCUCGGCCUCCAGUCACACCGUCAGGAACCAGAUAGGCGAGGCGUUGUUCAACCGGAUAGUCCGCGCCCACCGCAACGGCGAGUCGUUCCGUGCGUUCGUCGUGAUGCCGCUCCUGCCGGCCUUCGAGGGGGAGCUCGGGGCGGCCUCGGGCACCUCGUUGCACGCCGUCACACACUGGAACUAUCGCAGCAUAUGCAGGAGUCGCGAGGCGAUCCUCACCCGUCUGUACGAGGCGGGAGUGACGGACCCGUCCGCGUGGAUCACGUUCCACGGCCUGAGGACGCACGCGGCGCUGGACGGCGAGCCGGUCACCGAGCUGGUGUACGUGCACUCCAAGCUGCUGCUGGCCGACGACCGAGUCGCCAUCUGCGGCAGCGCCAACAUCAACGACAGGUCCAUGAUAGGCACCAGGGACUCGGAGAUAGCUGUGCUGCUGCAGGACGAACAAUUCGAAGACGGUACCAUGGGCGGUAAGCCGUUUCCUUCUGGCAAGUUGGUGGGCGGACUGAGGAAGAGGCUCUUCCGGGAACACCUGGGACUGCUGGACGUAGAUCUGGAGAGGGUCGGCCUCAAUAUAGACGACCCCUGCAGCGAGGCGUUCUUUAAAGGAGUCUGGCAGGCGCGGUCUAGACUUAACACUGAAAUAUAUGAAGAGGUGUUCCAUACAUUGCCAUCGGACUCGGUCCACACGUUUGCUGAACUGAAGAAAUAUCAAGAGGAGAAUUGUGAGAGUCUGUGGCACAAGGAUCCGGCGCUGGCUAACAGGAAGAUAGAUCUCAUUCAAGGAUAUCUGGUAGACUUCCCAUUGAACUUCCUCUGCAAUGAAGUACUCACUCCCAAGAACACUACUAUGGAGGGCAUGCUACCGACCUCUCUCUGGACGUAAACAGUAAUUAUAAGAAUAACCUCAAGGAAGUAUUGCUUUAUUACACAAAAUAAAUUACGAGAGCGAAAAUCUUAUGUUAAAAUGAUCUAAGUGUGUUGAUGUCGUCACAAAGUAUAAUGUUAUAUAUGACACUUAAUUUUCUCAGUACUAUCCUGUUCUAUUGUCCUUUUCUUUCUCAUAACUCGUAUAUGUACUCGGAAACUGAAUGUCUCUCAACAUUUACACAAUACAGAACACAUUCAAUGUUAUAUAUCAAAGUUCAUUCUACAUUCCAAUAACUCAAAGUACAAAUUAAGUUACGCAUAACAUUGCCUCUUGUUCUAAGAGUAUUCCUCUCUCCAGUAUACAUAUUACGUUUUCAAUGAAUUAGUUUUACAUUAAGUUAUAAUCCCACCAGCACGAUUCCAUUUUUGUUUUAAGGGUCACCGACAGUUCAGCGACUGUCUAACAAACCCUCCCUACCUCAGAGUAUAUAUACAUAUAUAUUAAUGAAUUGAGAUUUGUAUGUAUACUUACAUUUACUUACAUUACCAUAUAAGAAAUUAAAAUUUUAAUUGGAUGAGAAUAAAAGUGAGUAAAUCCAUGAACUUAGAUUAUAUUGUGAUGGUGAGCGGUGCUUGUGUUUUUAGAACAUUAUUUUAUUUGCUUGUAACUUAUUGAACCUCUACCUUUACACAGACUUAAAGAAAUUACGAGAAAUUAAUUCUAUUUAUACAUAUAUAGAUGUUGUGUUUUUGUAUGUUGAAUGUUUUAUUUUAUAUAUAUAUGUUUUUGUUUUAAAUGUGAUAUUUUUCUCCAUAUAUUUAUUGAUUCAGAUCUAAUAUAUAAAUUCUCUAAAA